GGACUUAGUAAGCGCGCUUUUCCAGUCUCAUCGUUUCUCUAGUGAUUGCGCGUCGGAGGUUUGACGGAAACGAUUCUAGGGAUUUAGUCCGAGUACAUAGCUCCGACCAUUUUAAUGGUUAUCUGGUAGUGGAGUAUAAUGACAGAUUUCAGUGAUAAUUGUCUAUCUGGCUUGAGUGACGAAGAAGUCAGUCUUAAUCUAAAGAAUCGCUUGUCAAAUCAUAACAGUACAGGAAAGAAUAUGAGCUCGUUUAACAGGAUGUCUGGUAACCAUAAGCAAGGCGGUGCUCUUCAGCAGUUAUCAAGUCUUCUUGGGCAAACUAUGAGACUAGAAAAUGUGGCUGACUUGAAAGAGGUACUCAAAUCAGUUGGUACUGGUUAUCAGCGUGGCCUCCCAACAAUACCAAUAAAUGAUCUUCGUGGUGAAGAAGCUGCUGCUUAUCCUCGGGAGGAUUGCGUGUUGAGACGUAGUUUGGCUGCUCUGUAUCGUUUGAUUGAUAUGAGAGGAUGGACGCAUUCAAUUUAUAACCAUAUAUCUGCAAGGUGCACUACAAAUCCCAAUCAUUUCUUAAUUAACCCUUUCGGGUUACUCUAUCAUGAAAUUCAAGCCUCUAGUUUAGUAAAAAUAGAUGCAAACGGUAAUAUAGUUGAUCAAGGUAGCUCAGUGUUAGGUGUAAAUAAGGCUGGUUGGACUCUUCAUUCUGCACUACACUCAGCUCGUAAAGAUAUUAAUUGCAUUAUUCACGUUCAUUUGGCUGAUGUAAUAGCGGUUUCGUGUCUUCGCGCAGGGCUCAUGCCUGUCAGUCCUGAGGCCAUUGAACUAGUGUCAAAUCAUGGAGUUCGCUAUCAUGAGUAUCGAGGUAUUCUGGUAGAUGAGGCAGAACGUUCUAGCAUUGUGAAAGAUCUAGGCUCUAAAGCAAAGGUGUUGUUUUUACGAAAUCAUGGUGUGGCAGUUACUGCUUCUAGUAUUCCCGAAGCAUGGUAUCUCGUUAAACGAGUAAUAGCUGCUUGUCAAACCCAAAUGCGAUUGAUGCAACUAGGGAAUAUGACAAGUUUAUUGUCUGAUUUAAAGGACAGUGCUGUGCAGCUAACAGACGGUCAAGCUGACCAGUCAGAAGAAAUAGGAUCAAAUGUCAUAGAUCAAAAUAAAAAUGGUCAUACAUCAGUGAAUGGUAAAGCUGGCAGUGAUAAUGGAGAUAUUUCAUGGACACCAGCAGAAUUAGAAUUUGAGGCUGAAAUGCGUGUUCUGGAUAGUGCUGGUUUCAGAACUGGUCAUGUUUAUCGUCAGCCUAAUUUACUGAGACGCACACAUCCUGGUUCAUCGUGGCCAGGAGACACAUAUGGUGACCAAAUAACAGCGGCUGAUUUACUGACAACGGACUUUUCCACUAAUGAGUUCAGUGGAGUUGAAGAUUUAGCUGCAGCUGAAGCAGCGGGCGCUGAACAAGUGUCUAGAAUUGUUGAUCAUGUCCGUGCCAGUCGCCAAAAAAAUACACAACGAAAUCAGUGGUUAGCAAAAGCUAAUGAACAACCACAAAACGGUAUGAUAACCAGCUCUAUGAUCGAUUCGCCCCGGAAAUUGUCCGGAACUAAAGGUUCAGGUGACUAUCGUUCUCAUCCGUUUACUUUGGAUUCUCCUGUCUGUUCACCUGUUAGACGAUCUGAACCCGGAAGCGCAUCAUCUCGUGUAGGAAGGGAUUCCCAUUCUCCUGCUAUACGAAGUCCACAUGAUGUUUCUGACUAUUCAAUCCAUAACGGUUCAGUCUCGAUCUCAGUAGACACCACGGCAUCCAAUAGUUUAACACCGAACAAACGAAUUAAUGAUUCCUGUGUAAAUAAGAGUGCAACACUACCUGCCAAUGUACAGCAUUUGUCUGUAAUGUCGAACUCAAAUACCCUCCAAUCGGUUGAUGGUGAUCUUUUGAAUAAUAAUGUUGAGGGAAGUAAAACGCUUGAGAAAAAGAUCAAAAAGAAAGGAAGCUUCCGAAUGCCAUCAUUUUCCAGAAAGAAGAAACACUAGCAAUAAAAUUACAUUGAUGUCUACUACACACCUGCUUGUAUUUGUUUCCAUUUUCAUGCAUUCACUUUAAUGUCUCUGUGGUCAUAUAUAUUACUAUAAUACAGCUUUAUCUAAAUUUAAAAUAACGGCUAACUGAAAUAAUUUGAUAAUUGUUAUUGCAUAAAGAUAUACAGUCAUCAGAUGUUAGUGGUGUUUUCCCCUGUUUUAUAUUAUGCUCUUAUAUUAAUUUUCCUUACUGAUUGUUGGAGUUUUCUUUUUCCUUACUUAUCAUUUAUCUUUUUUUUGCCAAUUGUUAACCACUCGAUAACUUCACUUGAUUAAAUCAUAUCUGUUAUUUUUUGUUCAGUUUUUCUGUAUGUGUGUGAUCCUGCCUUCAUUCGAAUUGCUAUAUAGCUUUUUAAUGAUAAUAGUCAUUGUUUUACAAUGUCUGAUCAUUAGUAUUAAUGGUUCACAAACAUGUUUUGAUUACUGAACUAUUUGUUCGGUACUUCAAAAAAUUCACAUAAUCCCACUGUCUCAAGGAGAUAUCAGUUCUUGAAUACUUUCUAACAUGAUAAAAGAAGAAACACUUCUCUUCACUAAUUUCCAUCUCGGAAAAUAGAAUUUUUAGCAUUCUAACACAAGUGUAUGUGGAAUAACACUGUAUGAAAUUUUAAUUUCCUCUUUUUCAUACUGUGAAUAUUCAAUUAUAUAAACACCAAUCAGUCUUUUACUCCAGAGAAUUUCUCAUUUAUAAAGUCCUCAACUCUUUUUCUCCUUUAUCAGAUAUGAAUCAUUAUUGUGGUUUAACAGUGUAUGAGUUAUAUAAAUUUGUUUACUUUUUAUCAGGAAUAUGAUAUGCUAUUCCUCUUUUUUGUACUUUAAAGUCUUGAAAAUUCGAUCGUUUUCCGUUCUUCCUUCCAACUCAGCCCAUAUUUUUUUGUUGAUUUCAUCUAAUUCAUUAAUGUCUCAUUUCUUUCGUAUCUCCGUCUAAAGUUUGUUCAAUUGUUCAGCUUAGUGUUCUUGGUUAUGUGCUUACGAGUCUAUGGCUCUCCUUGUAACAUCGUGUCGACAAACAGUAUACUCGGAACUUGUUUUUUUGACGUUUAUUAUUAUAUUCUGAAUAAUAUUAUUUUAGUCUAAUUACAAUAGAAUUUUUUGUUUGGUUAUUGAAUAUGCCUGAAGACUAAAUUUUUUACGAUGGAAAUUUUAUUUGUUGUGAACGUUAUUCUUUUUAGAUAUUCAGUUAGGUGUAUAUCAAUUUUUCUAUUCGCAAAUCCGAAAACAACCACUGUUGUAUGCUAACUCAUGGGAUUAUUGUCUAAAUCAGAAUCAUGAUACAUUUUUAUUGUGUAUAAUUCUGUUUACAGAUGGUUAAAUUUGGAAAAUUGGAUUCCUUAAACGGUAAAUCGUUGAAAAAUCUUACGAACGCAAUGCAUUAUCAUAGUGUUAUUUAACCGCUAGCCGAAAUUUAUUUACAUAUUACUCUUUAAUUUAUUACAUUUAACCUGAAUCUCUAUAAAGAUUUAUUGUGAACAUUUAGUUAAAGUAAAUAUCAUAACAGUGUUUAGUUAGCAUUCAUAGGAUUUGAAAUAUUUUAAUCGUAUUUAUAUCUAGGAAAAACAAUUUGCUGUUUAAGUGAUUUCGUAAUGAACUAUUUUGAAUCCGUGACACUACGCCCUGAAACUGAAUAUCUUGAUUAACUAAUUUAUGCUUAAUGAGAAAUAUUUCCUGCCUAAUACAAAAGUACAGGUCUAGUAAGAACACCUGUGCAUAAUACGUUAUCUUACAAACCGUUACAUAAUUAUGAGAUACCGUCCUUUACUUUAUAGAUUUACUUUAACUACUUGAGAUUGCUCCUUUCAUGACGCAUAUGUUUCAUUGAAUUGUACAUGAAUUCUAAAAUACAUUGUAUGGAGUAGUGAGAUUUUUUACAACUGAGUAACUUCAACAGAAUUCAAGCCAUUUUUAUACUUCAACUAAUUUAAUGAUCAGAUUAUGCGGUUCGAUUGUUGUCUUAAGUAUAAAGAUUGCUAAUUGAUGACCAUUUUGUCUUUUCGCCCAAUUUAUAUUUGGACUUAAUAUUCCAUGUUUUGAUAGGUAUCUUCUAUGCAGAGUUUUUGCAAGAAAAAUGUUGCUGAAAUAUUCAUCUUUUGUACAAAUUUUCUUAAAAUUGUGAACUAACAGAGGCGGUAACAACAACAACGAAACUAUUGGGAAAGAUGAGAAAAACACAAAUAUUUUGGAUAAGCAAACGUUUUAUGUGAAAAAAAGUAUUUGUUGAAUUUUUCAACUACUUAUAGAUUAUGCUAGACAAAAAUGUUUAUUUUAAUGUAAAACCCAGUUAUCUGGAAUCCCACUAUAUUUUGGAUUUUGUGAGUACUGUAAUGACUAAAAAGCUAAUCGUAACGUGAUAACAGCUCAUGAAUUUAUCAACCGUUGAUCUAAGCCAUGUUAUUAUGUACAAGCUUUUUGGUUAGAGUAAUUGGCAUAUUCGUAAUCUAUGAUUAAAGACUUUAAAAGGUGUGGUUUGUAAUCUGUUUCAUUUGGAAUGUAUACAUCUUUAAUCAUGAUAUUGUUCUAUACUCCUCAUCUUCCAAUCCUUUUGGUUUGUUAAAUUAUAUUCCUUAUGCUUAAUUUUCCCACAACCGUUGAUAUUAUUAUUUCGAUAGUGAAUUAGUCACUAGUAUAAAUAACCCUUACAAAAGGAUUUAGUAUCAUAUAUAUGUAAACAAUGAAACGUUUAGACUAAAUCAGUUAUUGUUUAUUUCAUUUGGCUAUAAAUCAUUAUUUGUGUUUAUUUUACAAAAAUGAGUUGUCGAAUAACUUCAUGGAAUAUUUUUAUUUGUUUAUUUAGUUGUUUAGAUCAGUGAUUAUUUAUUUACUCUGAAAGAUAGAUAAAAAGAGUGAGAGUUAGAUGUGAUUAUUUCAUUUGUACUGUUUACAAGUGAAUUUAUAUACCUGCCUUAAACUGUAUUAAAUAUAAUAAAUUUUAGAGUAAAACUAUUAAAAUAUUCGUUGUUAUAUGAUAAUGAAUCGGUUAUUAUUGUUAAUUAAAGUAUUAAAUUUCAAGUCGAAUUUUUUUCUUUUAUUCCAUCCAAAUAGAUCAUUGUAGUUAUGUAUAAAUCUUAAUAGGAAAUAUAAAAUGUAUUUCUGUUCACAGUUAGUCUCCUUAAUAAAUAAUUAUUUUCUGUUUAUCAUAUGAAUUUAAUUUGAAGCUAUACCAAAUAUAAUAUCAGACGUUCUGUUAUCUAUUCUAUUUUGAAUAAAAAAGAAUACUUUGCGUUAAUUAAUCAUUUUGAUAGCAUAGACUUGAACAUGUCACCUAGAAAUUGUUCAAAUAUGAUAUCUAUACUUGUUAGCUCUAUUUGAUUCUUAUUUUAUAUUAUCCUUUAACUAGUCUAGUUGACUUAGAUUCUUUUAAUUUAUAAAAAUAUCAUUCUUUCUAUGAUUAACUUAUUAUUUUAUAAUAAAUAAUUAAAUGUAAAAUUGUUGAUUUUUUGUAGCAAGUUCACUGUUUAAGAUAUCCAAAUAAAAGAAUUUAAAGCUGUAAAUUCAUUUGUAUUGAUUGUUUCAAUCCAAUGGCUGUCUGGAUACAAUAAGUAAGUGAAUAACGCGAUGGUGCUUGAAGUAAAUAGCACUGGAUUGGAAUCUGGAGUGAACAUCAAUUCUGUAAUACAGGUACAUCCAGCCGAUGAAUCCUAAAUAAGACGAAGUGCAUGUCGUCGAUUCCACCACCAGCCAUCACUCGUAUCUGGUUAAAAAGCUGUAAAUGUUAGGUUUUGUUUACAACCCAAAAUCCAGGGAAUGAAUUGUACAGUUAAUUAUAUUCUUAUCAUGAGACCUGAAGGAACUGAGUUUUGUGUAUGGAUGGGGUGGGG